AUGUUCGGAGAUGUAGCAGGUCCGUGGGGCAGGUGCAUGGGCAGUGAUUGCGGUCCCGGGGGCAGCCAGAGCAGAGCGGUGUGGUGCGCUCAUGUGGAUGGAUGGACCACCCUCCACACCAACUGUGAGCAGAGCUUCAGACCAUCCAACCAGCGCAACUGCUUCAGGGUGUGUGACUGGCACCGCGACCUGUACGGCUGGAGUCUGGGAGCGUGGAACUCCUGUGUCCCCGUCAUCUCCAGGAGCCCGGAUGCCCUCUCUGUGAUACCUUGCUCUGGAGGGGAGGAGGGGCUUCAAACUCGUGAGGUUCGCUGUGUCCUGAAGGCGGACGACUCCAGCGCGGAUGACUCCAUCUGUGAAUACUUUGAACCCAAGCCUCGACUGGAGCAGGCCUGCCUCAUCCCCUGCCCCCAGGACUGCGUGGUGUCCGACUACUCCCCCUGGACGUCCUGCUCUAAAACCUGCGGCAUGGGGCUCCGAAACCGGGUACGGAGCGUGCUAGUGCCCCCGGUGUUUGGAGGUGUACAGUGUCCCAACCUCACAGAAUUCCAGUCGUGUAAACCAGGAGCGUGUACGGGACAGGAGAACAUGUACAGUUUAAAAGUGGGACCUUGGACUUCCUGUGCCCUCCCCCCGACCAGGGAAAAACGGCAGGCCAAGAGGAGGCGGGGCAAAGGGGAGGGUCCACGAGACAGAGGGGGUGGGGUUAAAGAUCCAGAGACUAAAGAGCUGAUUCAGAAGAAGAGGACAAGGAACCGGCUGAACAGGCAGGAGAGCCCGUUCUGGGACAUCCAGGUGGGCUUCCAGAGGCGAGAGGUGGUCUGUGUGCACCGCAACGGAAGCACGGUCGCCAAGCACCUGUGCACCCCACGGGACCUGCCCCUCACCCUACAGUCCUGCGUCCUGCCCAGAGACUGCCAGCUGAGCCCUUGGAGCCCAUGGUCGACGUGCUCAAAGCCCUGCUCCGACCCAGGUUCUCCUCGUGGCACCCGGACACGCAGCAGGCAGGUGACCCAGCUGUCCACGGGUGAAGGGGCCCAGUGUGAGCCUCUGGAGGAGAGCGAGGAGUGUGACCCAACGGGUGACGCCGUGCCACCCUGCCCCAAGUACACAUGGAGGACGUCCGAGUGGAGCGAGUGCCGGGUGGACUUGUUGCUGAGCCAACAGGACCGUCGCCGCGGUAACCUGACAGGUCUAUGUGGGGGAGGGCUGCAGACUCGGGAGGUCUACUGUGUCCAGGCCAACGCUGAGGUGCUCACAUACAUCAGCCAACUACAGGAGAAGGACAAAGCUCAGAGCCAGACUCCACAGAAGCCUAGCGUGCCCCCCCUGCUCUCGGUCAGCUUCACCAUCACAGCCUCUCCACCGGUGGAAAACAGACUGUGCGAGGGUCCCAUGCCAAACCGGUCCCAGCUGUGCCAUCUCCCCUGCCCCAUCGAGUGCCAAGUGUCUCCCUGGGGUGCCUGGGGUCCCUGUACCUACGAGAACUGUGACGACCAGACCUCCAAGAAAGGUUUUAAGCUGAGGAGGCGAGAGAUUGUGAACGACCCCAGCGGAGGACCAGGCAGCUGCCCUCACCUGGUGGAGGCCGUCCCCUGUGAGGAGCCGUCCUGUUGGGGCUGGAGGGUCCUGGGUCUGGAGCAGUGUGUCCCAGAAGAAGAGCUGCUGUGUGGGCCGGGCACACAGGUCCCCCUAGUGCAGUGUGUCAACAGCACCGGUGAGGAGACGACUGUGGAUCGCGGGCUGUGCUCCUCGUCUCCUCCCCCUUCCCCGGAGCCCUGUGACGUACCCUGCUCCAGAGACUGUGUGCUCAGCGACUGGACACCCUGGUCCUCCUGCUCACAGACCUGCUCCAGCAAGACUAUCGAGGGCAAGCAGAUGAGAACACGCUCCAUCCUGGCCUACAACGCCGGGGAAGUCGCAGCCAUGGUGGUGGCCUGGAUCACCGUGAUGGAGGGACUUUCACAAGUGCCAAAGUUUCCUGAGCUUUUUGGUGGAGCUCUGUGCCCUAACAGCAGCGCCCUACAGGAGGUGAGGAACUGUAACGAACACGCCUGCACCGUGUACCACUGGCAGACCGGAGCGUGGGGGGCCUGCACCGAAGACCCCACAGCCUCUUCCUCCUCCUCCUCCUCCUCAGCCAACACCAGCAGCACCCAAGGGCCCGGCAUCAGCACCCAAGGGCCCUGCGCCAUGGGAGUCCAGACGAGAAAGGUCAUCUGCGUCCGGGUCAACGUGGGACAGGUGCCACCCAAAAAGUGCCCGGACGCCCCCCGCCCGAGCACCAUGCGCACCUGUCAGCUGUCCUGUAAGAGGGACUGUAUUGUGACGCCCUUCAGCGACUGGACGGCCUGCUCUGACUCCUGUGACCCAGCUGGCGGUGUGGUGAGCAGUACGCAGAGUCGCAGGAGACUGGUACUCCAGCAGCCCUCAAACGGAGGUCUGGAGUGUCCCGAGGUCCUAGAGGAGCAGAGGGAGUGUGAGCCGCCCAAAACAUGCCCCGGGUACAGGUGGAAGACUCACAAAUGGAGGAAGUGCCAGCUGGUGCCAUGGCACCUCCGUCAGGACGUCCCAAACGCACAGGAGGGCUGUGGACCAGGCCUGCAGACCAGAGCGGUGUCGUGCCGGCAGCUGGACGGUGCCCAGGCGGACGUGGGCCAGUGCCUGAGGUGGGCGCGCUCCAUGCCCCCCUCCACCCAGCGCUGCCUGCUGCCCUGCCAGGACGACUGCCAGCUCGGCCCCUGGUCCAAGUUCUCCCCCUGCACGGCCGACUGCGUGGGGGUGCGCUCCCGGAAGAGGGCCCUGAUAGGUCGCAGUAAGAAGAAGGACAAAUGUAAGAACACCCAGAUGUACCCCCUGAGUGAGACGCAGUACUGCCCCUGCGACAAGUACAACGCCCAGCCCGUGGGCAACUGGUCCGACUGCAUCCUGCCAGAGGGCUCACCGGCGUCAGGGGGCAGAGGUCAGCUGGAAGUCACCACGGGGUCAGGGGUGAAGGGUCAGCCGGAGGUCAAGGAGUGCGGGCAGGGCUACCGCUACCAGGCCAUGGUGUGCUACGACCAGGACAACAGACUGGUGGAGACGGCACGCUGCAACAGUCAUGGCUACAUCGAGGAGGCGUGCAUCAUCCCGUGCCCGUCUGACUGUAAGCUGAGCGAGUGGUCCAACUGGUCGCGCUGCAGUAAGUCUUGUGGCAGCGGGGUCAAAGUGCGCUCCAAGUGGCUCAGAGAGAAGCCCUACAACGGGGGAAGACCCUGCCCCAAGCUGGACCACAUCAACCAGGCUCAGGUGUAUGAGAUGGUGCCGUGUCAGAGCGACUGUGGUCAGUAUGUGUGGGUGGCUGAGCCCUGGAGCGUCUGGAAGGUCAGCAACGUGGAUCUAAAGGAGAACUGUGGAGAGGGGGUCCAGACCAGGAAGGUCCGCUGCAUGCUGAACACCAUCGACGGCCCUUCGGAGGCAGUGGACGACUACCUGUGUGACCCCGAGGAGAUGCCGCUGGGGGCCCGAGAGAGCCGGCUGCCUUGUCCCGAAGACUGUGUGCUCAACGACUGGGGCCCCUGGAGCCAGUGCAGCCUGCCGUGCACCCGGACGCGGUUUCGAGAGCGGACGGCGUAUGUUCUCCGUUCACCCAGCGUGGGGCGCCAGUGUCCCAACACCACAGACAGAGAGCCCUGCAGCCUCAACCUCAACUGCUUCAACUACUUCUACAACAUCACAGAGUGGAGCACGUGUCAGCUCAGCCCCAACGCAGUCUGCGGGCCGGGACUAAAGACCAGGAUGUUGGACUGUGUGCGCAGCGACGGGAAGUCUGUGGACAUGCGCUUCUGCGAGGAGUUGAAUCUGGAGAAGCGUUGGCAGAUGAACAUGUCCUGCACGGUGGAGUGUCCUGUCAACUGUCAGCUGUCUGAGUGGUCCUCCUGGUCCCAGUGCUCCCACACCUGCGGACUGGAAGGCAGGAUGUGGCGCAGUCGCUGGGUGCUCCAGGCCUCUCAGGGGGACGGUCGGCCUUGUCCUUCCCACAUGCAACAGUGGAAGCCCUGCCCCGUCAGACCCUGUUACUCCUGGAGGUACAGCCAGUGGUCCGAGUGCAGGGUGGAGAACGUGGUAUGUGGUGACGGGCUGCGCUUCCGCAACCUCACCUGUUGGGUGUCGGACGGCUCUGUGGAGGACCCUGGGGCGCAGGUGGAGGAGGAGCUUUGCAGUGGGCUCGACCUGGAGGUGGACGGGGACAAGAAGAUCAGCCUGAAGGAGUCCUGUACACUGCCCUGCCCAGGGGAGUGUUACCUGAUGGAGUGGUCUGACUGGAGUCCAUGUAUCAGUAUCUGUGUGAAGGAGGCGUCGGUGGAGUUUGGCUCGGUCCAGGUUCGGUCCAGAGCGGUCCUGGCCCAAGAACCAGAGAACCUGCAGCAGUGUCCCGACCAGGCCUGGGAGUCGCAGAGCUGCACUGGAGGAGACUGUUACGAGUACAAGUGGAGGAGCAGUGUUCUACCAGACUCCACCAGGCCGCUCAUCUGGUGCCAGCGCUCGGACGGAGUCAACGUCACAGGAGGCUGCCCCCCUCAGAGCCCCGGAGCAGACAGCAGCUCCUGUGACCCCCCCUGCCUCAUGCCCCGCUCCUUCUGCUCACAGAGCGGUCUGUGCAUGUGCGAGGAGGGCUUCACAGAGCUGCUCUCCCCUGUGGGACAGCUCCUGCGCUGUACUCCUAUCCCGGUGCUGGAGGUCCCCACAGCGCAGGACACCGGGGCUGAGGUGGACACCAGCCAAGCAGCCAACCCCACCCAGAGCUCAACCGCCCAGCCGGGGAAAGGGGGGAGGGCCUGGUACCUCCAGCCCUACGGAGCAGAUGGGAAGCUGAAGAUGUGGGUGUACGGGGUAGCAGCGGGGGGCCUGGUGCUACUCAUAUUCAUAGUGUCUAUGAUUUACUUAGCCUGCAAAAAGCCAAAGAGACCUCCGAGACAGAGGCAGCAGAACAACAACCGCCUAAAACCUCUGACGCUAGCCUACGACGGGGACACAGACAUGUAGGACACCACGGGACUUUUGGACACUGGGAGACGAGUGGACACU